AUGGAAAUAACUUCUGUUAACAGUAAUUACGUUGGUUCAGAAAGAUCAAAAAAACGAAGGAGAAGUAAUUUUGAUAAUGUUGGGAAGAUUGAAGAAAUGAAUAUUCAAGUAGUAGUUAGGUGCAGGGCAAAGUUGGAAAGAGAGGAGAAAAUCAAAUCUCCAGUUGUCAUAAAAACCACACACUGUGAUGUACAAAUACGAUUAAAAACUGAGGAUGCAUCUUAUUUGAAUAUUAGAUAUGGUAUUAGUGGUGACAAUGUGAUUAUUAGUCCAAAUGCUGGUGUCAUCCCACGUUCUCUUUGCAGUCUUUUUCAAACUUUGGAAUCAGAAUCUGCUGAUUAUUCAGUGAAGGUUUCUUAUAUCGAAUUGUAUAAUGAAAAAUUGAAAGAUCUUUUGUCUAAUAAUAGCCAACAAAGUUUGAAAGUUAUAGAUGAUGGUAAUAAUAAAGGUGUUUUGUAUGGACAUGAAGAAGUGCCUUUAAAAGAUGCCGCUGAAGGUAUCAAUGUUUUGAAACAAGGAUCUAUUAAAAGACAAAAUGCUUCAACUAAUUAUAAUGAUAAAUCAAGGUAUCUAUCAAAUAAUAAUUUAGUGAUUACAUAA